UCUCCAUAAAUUUUUCCCGCGCAAUCCCCCUCCCCUCUUUCGUCUUCAAUAUUCUCUAUAAAUGACUGCUUGCUUGCUUUUAUGUGUGUAUUAUACUAUAUAAUUAUCCAGUUGAUUACUACCAGUGACUCGUGUUCUAUAUCGUUGAGUUUUGAAUAUAAUGGAAGAACAACCUGUGAAAAUCCUCUCACUUUCUCAUCUCAUUCAUCAAUCUCUUCCACUCACGGCUGCAUCUUCCCUUUCCUCUUCCAACCCCAAACCCAAAGCAAAGCUUCCCCGAAUAGAUAAGACCCAGAAUGAAUCCCCUACCCCCACGAACCCCAAAACCCUAAAACCCCUAAAGGGUCCCACAGUUCUUGUAGGAACUCUAAAUCUCCCAAUUCACAGAAAUCUUGAACCUCUACCUUCAAAUUCAGCUUCUGGGUGUUCUAAAAUCAGUUGCUUUUCCUUCUCAGAUGGCGAUUCUUCGGUUUGUUGUGACAUUCUUGAUUUCCAUCCUCGAGUAAUUGGGAAAAAGAUUCGUGUUCUUGCUUGGAAUUACAUUCCUUUUAAGUAUGGUGGAGGGUUCUUGGAAAUUAUUAAGUGGGCUUUUGCGGAAUCUUCGGGUUUCUUGGUUCCUUGUUCUUUAAAAGUAGAGUCUUUUCCUUUAUGUUUGGAGUUUCCGGGUAAUGUUAAAGAGAAUUGCAGGGCUCGGUGUUAUGUUCAUGGAGUGAUAGAAUCAGUUAGUCCUGUUACAGUUGUUCCGUGUAAUGCUGGGGGAAAGGAUGAUAAGCGAGCAAGUUUAGUAAGUGGAUUUUUAACUAAAGUUUUAGUUUGUGAGUGCAAGUUGUGUAGUUCUAGUGAUCCUGAUAAGGCAUUGUGUGGUAUUCAUGAACGGCAUUGUAUUGAUAAUUUUACGAAAUCUUUUAUUGUGUAUAUAUAUGAUUUUGCAUCAUGUUGGCACCCUGUGGUUUCAAAAUUGGUAGGAAAUUAUGUUUCACUAACUGGUUUAAAGAAGAAGUUAAUUUUCAUUGGGAAAGAGGAAGAGUCGCAGUUAAUGUAUGUGACCUCAGAGAAAUCUAAGCUGCAUCUACCUAGAUUUCAGGAUCAGUGUGUUUUAUUUCAGAAGACCAUUGUUCUUGGUAAGGGUGAAUGUGGUGAGUAUACGGGUAUUGUUACAGAAAUCUACAUGCAGGGAAUGGUCAUCGAGUUCGAUAAAAAAGUGAUGUUACUAUUAACGGAUCAGCUGCUCAAUUUUACACACAGUCUUAGAGUUGGUGCGAUUGUAUCUGUGAGGAAUGUACAUUUCGUGCAUCCCAGUUUCUCUUGGACAAAUCUACUUGUUCUUGGAGCUUGUUUUAAAACUAGCAUUCAUGUGAAGUCGUUUUCGCCCAUGAAAACUGGGUGCAAUAUUCAGGGACACUCUGAAAGCCUUUUGAGGAAGUUCAUUGACUCCUUAUCAUUUUCUGCAAGAAUGUGGGUAUUACUUACUAUCUCGUGUUUCAAGAAUAAGUUCUCCAGGAUUCUAUCCGAGACGGAUAUAUUAGGAUCAAAGCAUAAGCAAGGAGUGGCUCAAAAAUAUUGUACCUCCUGUUUACCUUCAUCAGUCAUGCGUUCACGGCACGGCAUCUUCGUGGAAUACUGCAAGCAUGACUCAUGCGGUUGUGGAUCUGAACCUGAUUGUGGCUGCUUGAAAUUGGUGGUACCCAUGUCUAGUUUCAUUAGUCAUUGUAAGGCCACAUGGAUAAAGAUGACCGCUAGGAAGGCUGGUUCUGAUAUAAUGAGUAAUGAUAAUCUAGAAAGCCCCCAAAUUUGUGGACGGAAAUCUUUCAGUCAGCCUACCAAAAUGAUGCUGCAAAGUAAAGAUAUUGAUGUGGUUUUGUUAGGAAGCCUAAAGAGUUCUCUAUCCCCCGGAAGUUUGCAGCUAAUUGAUGCAACUGGGAGCAUUGACAUAGUUUCACCUAACCUUCCAUCAAGUUUAAGCAUCGGAACUAUAUAUCAGGUCUCUGACUUCACAGCUGUAAUGGAAGGCAUUUCUGACCUAGCAGAUCAUUUGGAAUCAGUCCCAACUGGAUUAUUUUCGUGUCAAAGUAUACUAAAUAAUGCUAUAUUCGUGGAAGGGAGUAAUUUGACUGUUUAUAUGUACUGUCACAGAAUAGGUGAACUUUACAGAAGCCGUCCUGUUUUCCCUGGUUUUAGUUAUAAGGAGACAUUGGAAGAUCUUAAAGGAAGAUUCCAUUUGCUCAAGGUUACGCACAAAUUUCCUGUGUUGCAAAGGUUUCAAGAUGAUCACAUUAUUACAGAGAGGUUGAACGCAUAUGCUGAGGCCAUUAUUCUGCCUUGGGAUCUGCUUAUCCCUGAUAAAGCUGAAGAUCAAAUAACUGCUAUAUCCAAACCUCUUUCCAGUGACUUGGUGGAAAAUUAUGAUAAAAGUUAUGAGAAGACGACUAAAAGAUGUAAAACUAUUGAAACAUCUAGUUCUGGUCCCAAUUAUGCCCAAAAUGAAUCAGCUGGCAAUUCAAGUUAUUGCGUAAAUACUUUCAGGAGAAUUUACAAGGAGAAGAUAUGUUCUGGUUCAAGUUAUCCACUUGAAAUCCCUUGCGUCACUCUUUAUUUUAAAGAAACCAUGUUCAACUGCAGAAAUGAUAAAACAAAGAUUACUUCUACCUCCUACUCUGGUGUCCGAAAGGUUUUGCUAGAGUUUGAGCAGCGUGACUUUUGCGAAUUUCAGUCACUGAAAAUUGGUGGUUGUUACAUCAUAAAGCACCAAAAGGAAGAUCGUUAUUGCUCUAUUAAUAACUCCAGUGCCCUGAGUAUUGGUAAAGUAUUAAUCACUUCUAGAGCAAUUCCUUUGAGCAUUUCAUUCUCAUCGCAGGAGGCACUCCUGGCAAUUGAUCAAACACCUCUAAUUCAUGAUAUAUUUUUCUGCAAUAAAGUGACUGUGCCUAAAGAUUCUCAUGGAGUUGAGCUUCCUAGUUUGAAGUUCAUGAAUGCAUGUCCUCAUUCCUGUUCAGAAGUAAAAAUGUUUCUUUCUCCUGAAUCUUUAGCUUUCUUAGAAGGCAAUAUAGAAUAUCUGGGGCAAGGUUUUGUAAAACCAAUUUCCUCGUUUGAAGAAUUGACUAACAUCUCCGAACACAUGACUCGAUCAGUAAAAUCUGUUCGCAAUUCAAAUUUAGAUGUUUUUUUGCCCAGGGGAAAACUAAUAUCUCUGCAUGGACAUGUGGUCGCUUUUCACAGCACUGAUCAAUCUUCUCUGGCUGUAAAUAUUGGUUAUGGGAGUUCCUUUGGUGGUUAUGUCCCAAAUUUCAUCAAGCACAUGACACAGAGUGCCUGCAUCCAUGUUUUAGUUGAGAACCACAUGGUGAAAAUCUUUGGUAAGCUGAGUAAACAUGCUUUUCCUGUUGGGUUUGGAGCAGGGGUCAAUGCUACAUUCCACAGAAUACUUGUAGCAGGUGGGCAAAAUGAAUUUCUGCUAAUACCUGCAUCUGUCAUCAUUCUUGGUCCUGCAUUGGUCAUCAACAGUCAGUACCUUUCAGCUACUUUAGAAUUUCCCUCUAUUCCCUUAUUGGACAUUGGACCAGUAUCUUUGAUAUCUGAAAUGGACCAAUGCCCGAGUUAUAUGCUACUGAAGUUGCAUUGCAAGAUUAUUGCUGUAUAUAUAUUGGUGCUGGAGAAAAAUGAAAAGGUUGUACAAUCUCAUCGAAUAGCUCACAUUUGCUCACCUGCAAACAUUCCACUUGCGGGUUUCAUUCUUGACGAUGGAUCAUCCUCGUGUUGUUGCUGGACUAAUAAUGAGAUGGCGUUGACAUUGCUACGACUGGACAAAGAAUAUGAAGCUACAGGAGAAAGUUCAAUGGGAUCAAAGAAGACUUUGCUAACCAAAUCUAGAGACCCCAACAGUGUUAAACUGGAUAAAAUACUGCAGCAGCAUGGGAGAAUUGUCGUGAGAAACUGUGGAUCAACUUCCGAUGCUUCAUUUCAAGACAUUAUAGUGGGUUCAAAUAAAAUUAUGAGCAGCCGAGAUGAGGAUUUCCUCAAGCUCAGUAUUCUAAAUGCUUGCUCCAGAAGCAACCUAUGGACUGUUGUUGGCCGUGCCAUGGAUUCUGUUGAUACAAAGAGGUUAGAAAACCAAUUGACAUCACUGAACAUGCCAAAUCUUCCGAUGAGAAACAUAUGGGGCAUGGAAGUUCAUCAUUCCAACCAGCUCUCUGAAGCAAGGAGCAUCUUUGAAGAAUUAAAGGCAAGCAAAAUCUUUGAAGAAGUGAGCAUGUUAUUAUCUUAGUUUCAAAAUCAGAUAAUUUUCAUCUAGGAGAGGAAAUCCAUGUAAAAUCCCCACCACUUUUUUUUGGAUUAAAUCACUUUUGUAUAGCCUUCAAGUUUUAAGUGCAUAUAAGUGCAUCUUCCUGUAAAUUGGGAUUGAUAAUUAUUAAUCAGAUCCCAUGUUCAUGGAUAACAAUUGUACAUAUGUGAAAAUGUGAUAUGACCCUGCCUCAGGGUCAAGCCUUUGCUUAC